AUGUACUUCUUCAUUUCCCUGCCGGUAGACAGCCGUGCAUCCGCAGUUAAUCUGCUCACGCACCUCAAGAAGCAGCACCUGGACGUGUUCAAGCUGAACGUGCCAAUCAACCACUGGUCAUCCUUCGGUGCAAUGAUUGAGCUUACCGAGCAGCUGGACGGGCUGUCUCGACAGGUGCUCGAUCUGUUCAACAAGCUUCUGACAGUCGAUCGCGACCUUGUCAAGAGUCCUUCGUUUGUGAAGAACGUUGACUUGAACAACAAGAUAGAACGUUUCGUGUGGCCGAGCGAGAAGUAUCCGCGGGCGGCGCUCGGUGACAUGUUUGAAAUGUUUGUGGAUGAGCUGGCGCUUAUCCGAAAGAAUUUUGAGCUUAGGAGCGCGAAUUACGAUCGCAGCAAACGAAAAAUGGUGGAUAUCAAGAAAAGGAAGAAUGGGACGUUGAAGGAGGUGGACCUUGCAAAUAUUGUGGAUGAGGAUGAGGACUUUGAGUUUCUUGCGUAUUUUUAUGUGCUGAUGGACCGGAAUAGGCGGUUCGAGGACGAGGACAUCAAGGAUUUGAUCUAUGUAAAGGAGGUUGCGGGCGACGAGGAGCAGCAUCUAGUGCGGUUUCUUGGGCUCAAGAGCAAGCGCGAGCAGAUCGAGAAGCAGCUUGUGGAGAGGAAGUACACCGUAAAGCAUUUUGAGCACUUUGAUGAGGACGUUGACCGGAUAGCAAUAGACUUCAGUGUUGUUGAGAAAGGAUACUUCACGUUCGUUGACACGUAUCUGCUGGAGUCGUUUGACCUUUUGCUGUGCGUAAAGCUCACAAAGCUGUACGUUGACAGUGUCCUGCAGUACGGCCUGCCCAACUCGUACAUUUUCCUCGGGCUAAAGGAUAAGAGCAUGGACGGUGUGGUAAAGAAGUGGAUAAAGGCGCUUAAGAACUUUGAUUUUGGCAAUAGGGUGGUAGACUAUAAGGCAUUUGAUGAACGCGUGGCGUACAGUUCUGUUGAGGAGGUGCUUGUGAAUGGAAAUGAAUAGGUGGCACCGUGCUGCAGAUGCGUAUUGGUGCACGACCGGUUUUUAAUAAAGAGAUACGAACACAUGUGGCUGUGGUUGCACGCCUUUUUUGGUUUCUUGCGUUUGAAGCGCAGUUUUACGUCUUUUGGCAUGGUCAAUUCACACCGAUCGGGAUCGUGAAUAGGAUGCGGAAGUGCACAACGAGGUGCAGUCCUGAAAUGAGGAUGGUUCUAGCAGCGGAUAAAGUGUACGAUGAGCAGUUUUGUUGGUGUGGAGCGGUAAAAGAGAUGCAAAGAAUGGAUUAAACGUGCGAUU